UUAAUGAUGAAAUUUCAUUUUACUGAACAGCUGACUGCCAAAAGUCAAAAGAAAUUCCAUUUCGUUUUAUUGUUCGUGUUUCAAUUUUUUGCUGUUCCGAUCACAUCAUUAAAAAUUUUACUGAUGAAAGCAACAGCAAAAAAAUUGUCUGAGGCGCGAAGCUCGAUGUUAUGAUCGAAAGUAAACAAAAUUUUUGUAGCAAAACAAAUUAAAAAAAUAACAAAAAUGACUUCAAAAAAAGAGUUUGAAACCAAAUUAAUACUUGAAGUGAAAAACCAUAUGUGUCUUUAUGCCAAAGACGACCAAAAGUAUUCAGACAAAAUGGCACGAAUAAAUGCUUGGGGGGAUAUAUCCCUUGUCUUGGGAAGGCCUGUCGAAGAGUGCCAAAGUAAAUGGACCACGCUCCGAAACUCUUUUCGGUCUUAUUUUCGUGCCGAAAAUAGUGUGCCGAGUGGCUCUGGAGCUACAACUCCGGUACGAUGGAUUCAUUUUGAAUCACUUAAAUUUUUAAUACCCUAUGUGAGGAUUCCAGACGAUGAUUGUGGUAAUUAUAGCCAAAAACAACACAAUUCAUCGAAUUUGGAAGUCAUUGACGUGGGUACUGAGCCGCAUAUUCGAAAGAACAAAGCCCAAAAGAGGCAUAUUGAAGAGCCUCUGGACAGAGUGCUCAAAGCAAUAGAAAACAAGGAGGUGAGGAGCCCGAUGGAGCUGUUCAUGGAGAACGUCGCACUCCAGGUAUCGGAUUUUAGUCCGCAAAGAAUUGUUCGGUUCCAAUCGAGGAUACUUUCCAUUUUGGGCGAGGAAAUGGCCGAGCACUUAGCUGGUGCUCAAACAUAA